AUGGAUGACGAUGUCCCACCUGUUGAUGUUCCAGUUGCUGACCCUGUUAUUCCUGUCGAGGCUCCUGUUGAGGAGGCCUUAUCCGAUCCGUCUGGUCCAGACUCGUUUGAGUCUGUAGCGUCCGCUUUUCUUCACGCCCAGGGCAUGCAACACUACUCCUCCAACUCCGAUUCAGACACGACGAUGUCUGUUGCGCCCCUCGUUCCCCACGAUGUUGACCCAGAUCCUGAGGUCGAGUUUGUACUUGCUGAGCCUGUUCCAGUUGGCCCAGAGCCUAUCAUUGCUCAUGACCCUAUUGAUGUCCCAGCUAUUGCACCUUUGCCUGAUCCUUUACCUGAGCCUGAUCACGUUGAUAUACCAGUCUUGGCACCACCCAUUGUUGACGCACCAGUCGUCGUACCACCGGUUUCUGAUGUUCCUAUUGUUGAUGCACCACUGCCUGAUCCUGUGCCGGUGUUUGUUGACCGUGCACCAUUUACCACACAUGUCGAUCCCAGAUACGGUGACACCCGUAACGGGUGGAUAGAGGACGACGAUUAUCCAUCUUUUGUUGUACCAGUCACACCCACUGUUUCAACUGUUUUUGCACCGCUUGAUGUUCCCCAGCAUCAUCUGCACGUAUCUGAUGUCCACCGCACGGACUUACCCAUCACUUUUCUACAGGAUAUCCCUCCUCCCCGUCUAGGGGAAGGACCUUCCACACAGCAGCCCGAUCAUAUGCCCCAUACGACAGCAGCUUUUUCAUUUAUGCCCUCCUUCACACCUGCCCCACAUACUGCUUUUCCUGCUUCAGCACCUAUGGGCGAGCCAUUUUUGUGGUCAUCACCCAAUGUUAUGCCUCUGUCAGACCCAUGUCAUCCUUAUCAUGUCGGAUAUACCACAGAUGAUAUACUCAUAUCCCUGCAGUUACAGCAGGAUGCUUUGAGCCGACGAGUCCAAGAGCUGGAGAGGACUCCGCGUCCUCCCCCUUGUCAUUGUCAGUCUCCUUUUGCUACACCACCAGCUCCUCUUCCACUACCCCCUGAUUCUGACGUCCGCUUCCUCACUCCUGAGCAGCAGAUUGCUUACCUGCUGCGCGUUAUCCAUGCACUUGAGGAGGAUUGGGUGCGUUUGCGCCGUUUGAUUUUCUUCCCUCCUCCUCCUCCUCCACCAUCAGCAUGA